GCUAACAUGCGAGAUCCGAAGACCCGACUCGACUGCGCGGUCGCAUUCCGCCCUGACUUCCCCUCUGCCAGCGGCCUGGUGGUUUGAGAUGAACAGAAGAUGUCGGUUUCGGGGCUGAAAGCCGAACUGAAGUUUCUGGAGUCAAUUUUUGACCCAAACCACGAACGAUUCAGAAUAAUAGACUGGAAACCCGAUGAACUGAGUUGCCAGUUCAACGUAACAGGCGAGAAGCUGCUGAUCAUUCACUGCAACAUCACGGAAUCUUAUCCCUCCACACCACCAAUAUGGUUUGUUGAUUCUGAUGAUCCUAGUCUGGCUGAAGUGUUGGAACGCUUGGAGGAUGUGAGAAAAGGCAGCACGUUGCUUCUUCAGCAGUUGAAACGCCUCAUUUGCGAUCUGUGUCGGCUUUACAACCUGCCACAACAUCCAGAUGUAGAAAUGCUAGACCAGCCUCUACCUGCUGGACCAAUUACCCAAGAGCGCAAGCAUGGGCCAACAGAUGAGGUAACAUCUGAAGAGGAAGAGGAAGAAGAAAUGGGAGAGCAGGACAUUGACCUGGACCAAGACCUGGACCAUUAUGACAUGAAAGAGGAGCCAGCGGCGGGUAAAAAGUCAGAAGAUGAUGGAAUAGAGAAAGAAAAUCUGGCCAUCUUGGAGAAAAUCCGAAAAAACCAGAGACAAGAUCACUUGAAUGGUGCAGUCUCUGGUUCAGUGCAAGCCUCAGAUCGCCUAAUGAAGGAACUCAGGGAGAUCUACAGGUCACAGAGUUACAAGACAGGUAUUUAUUCAGUCGAACUAGUCAACGACAGCCUUUAUGAAUGGCACGUCAAGUUAAGGACGGUAGACCCAGAUAGUCCGUUACAUAGUGACUUGCAGGUUUUAAAAGAAAAGGAAGGAGUGGACUACAUUCUGCUCAAUUUCUCUUAUAAAGAUAAUUUUCCUUUUGACCCACCUUUUGUACGUGUUGUCUCACCUGUGCUCUCUGGAGGUUAUGUUCUCGGAGGAGGAGCCUUGUGCAUGGAACUUCUCACAAAACAGGGCUGGAGCAGUGCCUAUUCCAUAGAAUCUGUCAUUAUGCAGAUAAAUGCAACUCUGGUUAAAGGCAAAGCCAGGGUGCAGUUUGGAGCCAAUAAGAACCAGUACAAUCUUGCCAGAGCACAACAGUCGUAUAAAUCCCUGGUGCAGAUUCAUGAAAAAAAUGGCUGGUACACACCACCUAAAGAGGACGGAUAAGGAGUUGCCACCACUAUGCACUGGGAACAUGUCUAUGGGUCAUCUUGUUUUCUUUGGAAUAUUUUCCCUCUCUGACUUACUGGGAAUAUAUCUAUUUCUCACCGAAACCAUCUCUUUGGCUCAUCUGACAAGUAUUUUUCGCCCUGCUCCAGGAGAGACUCAACUCUGGCCUCACUUCUCCCCUCAGUGUUUUAGUGAGGAAGAGGAUGUGAGGGUGUUACUUGUCCUGUUUUUCUAAAUAUGCUCAUUUGUCUUUUGGAAGAAGAAGAAAAAAAAAAAACUAAGACUUUUCUCCCUUUUUAAAUGUGGAGAAACGCUUUUUCUUUAGCUGCUUUGACAAAGUGGGCCCCACAGUCAGUCACCCCUCUUUAAAUGGGAAUUUUAAAAGAUUGAUAAUGAAGCUCUUGAAGUGGCACCUCAUUGCACCAGUUUUAGAUUGACUGUGAUUUUGGUUUCUUUUUUUUUCUUUUUUCACUUUGUUUUCUUUUGGAAAUUAACAGGUACAUAAAUGCAAAUAUUAUUUUAGACAUUGUUUGGCAAUUAUUUGUUAUUUGAGCAUCCUAGACAAUAAAGGAGAGAGUUUCUUAUGUUGGAAGCUUAUCUUAAAAUUAAGAUUAUCUACUACUCAGUAUUGUUAGGUCUUACCUCUUUUUUUUAAAAGUGUAAAAUAAAUAAAAACAUUUGGCCACAUAGAAUCAAAAUGCAAUCUGAAUGAAGAGUAAUUGACCAACCAGUAAAAAAAUAUCUCAGAAGAGGAUAAUUGUGACGUUUGGAAGUUCUAACAGGCCUAAUGUUAAAGCUGAAGGGCUCUUUUUGCCUUAUUUCUUUUCAAUGGCCCUGUAAGUGCUAUUGGUCUUUCUGUUGAUUGUAGCUGUAGAGGUUGAUGCUGAAAAUGAAGCCCUUUGUGUGCAAAGUUAACAGCAUGUUGUACAUGAGCCUCAUCUCAACCACUGUUUUAUUUAUAUAUAUAUAUAUAUAUAUAUAUAUAUAUAUAUAUAUAUAUAUAUAUAUAUAUAUAUAUAUAUAUAUAUAUGAAAAAAAUAAGAGUUGGAUUUGCUUUCAGUCAUUCUGUUGAGCAGAAGUGUUGGGAUGGGCUUAAUAGAGGAAAUAAAGAGGUUACCAGAUUUUGGAUCUUAUUAUUCUGCCCAUAUUUAUAGCAAACAUAAUAUUUUUACAUGUUGAGGUGUGGCUAAUAAGUGGGGCUAAUUAUGUAAUUAAAUUUUAAGGAAAGGAAAAGGGUUGAGAAGACCAGUGGGCAGCUGUGCACCCCUGCCUCCUGGGCAGUAAGUUCUUGGUGUGGUAGUUGUCUCAAAAGUAUAAACAUUUUCUUCUUUUCUUCCUCACAAAUCACAUGAUGCUAUGUGAGGAAGGUGGUCAAGCACAGCAAAAAAAAUUCUUGGGACAAAAAUGGCUCCGCUGACGCUCGGCUUCCUCCCACAUGGAGCAGGUUCUGCACACUUAUCCAAAACAAACUGAGAAAACAGUAGUUUUUAAUCUAAAGCAGUGAUGACGGGCAGAUGGGAUGUUUCCUGCUUUCCUGAUCAUGUAUGCCCAAAAUGUGGGCUGCACCAAGGUUCAAAGACCUCUUUAUGGAGCAGGUUCAGGAAUCACAAUUAAUAUAAUGAAAAAGGGGUAUGAGAGAACUGUACGCUGAUGAGGAAUUAAACCAUUUUUCUACACCUACCUCUUCUUUCUCAUCCUUUAUCACAACUUCUAGAGCCUAUGUGCAAUACUUCUAUUGAAUUUGAUUUCAUUAACCUUAAAUUACAGCUUUAGUCUCGUUAUUUAAUAGCCACACCUCCUUUCUCAAUUUUAGACCCAAUCCAUCUAAAAACGUUGCUGUCACUUGCAGUGGGGCUGAUCCUUGCUUCUACUAUAUCUGCAGCAAGAUGUCCGUUAUCCAGGGCUCCCAUUGCCGGUUCAGAUGUUUUCAAUGUUACUCUUAGAAAGCGAUCGUUUGUAUUGUGAUAAAACCUGAAUUUCAGUACCUAAACAGUAUAUUUUAACCUUAAUGCAAUAUACUGUGGUACAUUAUAAGUACUGCUAUCCCACAUACUACAGGAAAUUCACUUUAUCUUAUCAAUCUGAAGGCUCUUUUGCAGUUUAUGUGUCAACACUGCAAAAGUGUGUCUGAAAGGCAACUCAGGUAACAAUACUUACAACUGGAUAAUACAUGCUGAGUUAUUGUUGAUUAAUUAGCGCUCUGCACCACUGAUGUUUUCCCUUCUCACCUGCUCAUCUGAUGACAAACAGAACAAGAAACAGGCUUUAUAAUAUGGGCUUCAUGUUUUUGCAAUUCAAAAAAUUCAUAUUGGAAAGAUUUACAUGAAUAGUGUGGGGUAUCAGUCAAGUGAAGACCGUCAGUAUCCUUUGAUAUUUACUGUUUUUUGAUUUAUUUAUCCCCAUUAUAAUGUUGGAGUUUAAAGGAAAAAGAAAAUCCAGAUUUAAGUGUUUGCCCAACUGGUAACAAUGUGCCUGCAGAGGUGGUUAAAUAAAAACAUGCAAGCUGAAUAUUUUCAAAUCAGGAAAGAAAAAUAUUUUUCAGCACACUGAUCUUACAUCCUGUUACAUGUCUGAGGGGAGGAUACUAAGAAGUGUCCUCACCUGACUGGUGUAUGUUAUUGACAGAAAAGCUACACCAGAAACUUGGAAUUUGAACAAUAAAAUCUGCUACAUAGUCUUUAUCCAUCCCAGAGAAUACCUCCAAGAAAUGCCCAAACUCUGGUGAAGGGAGAUACGUAAAGCUGAUUCAGGUUCGACAGUCAUCCAGUGUUGAUUGGACUUGUAUGCUUCUCAAACUGGAUUGUGUUAAAAUGACUCAUUUAUCUCAGUUGUCAAUUUAUUUCUGGAUCAGACAGGUGAUCGAGUCUGACUCGCUUUGGUUUCCCUUCUUUUUUUUUUUUUUCAUUUGAAGAAAUUUUGACCAUGUACAGUAAUUUGUAAACUUGCAUCAAGUUUAUGAAUAAAGAAUUUUAAGAUUA